AUGCCAGAGAAUACGAGCGGAGGACACUCCGACGGGGCCGACCCGUCGGAGGCCCUCCUCCUGCUCGAGGCUCUGAAGCGGUUCGAGCAGGGCGACUUUAGCGUCAAGCUCGACCCCAAGGGCGAGAUGGAAGGCGUCUACGGCGAGAUUGCCGAGGUGUUCAACCGCAUCGUCGACUCGAGCAGCAACAUGUGCCAGGAGCUCGAACGCGUGCACGUCGCGGUCGGCUCCCAGGGCGACUUCAAUCAACACAUCUACCUCGAGGCCAAGGGUUCGUGGGGCAGCUGCAUCGACUCGGCCAACCACCUGGUCGACAACAUCAUGCUCCCCAUGAUCGUCGUACGCGACGCCAUCGGUGCCACCGCCCACGGUGACCUCGUCAGCGCCCUCGACCUUCUCCAGAACACAGAGGUGCAAGGCGAGUACAGGCAGACGACGAACUCGUUGAGCGAGAUGAUCAACAUGCUCAGCUGCUUCCAGGAGGAAGUGCUGCGAGUCGUGUGCGACGUCGGUAUCGAGGGCCAGCUCGGCGGCCAGGCGCAAGCCGGCCUCGGGCUCCAGGGCAUCUGGAAGGACCUCACGGACAACGUGAAUACGAUGGCUACCAACCUCACCCUCCAGGUGCGCGCCGUGGCCCAAGUGACGACUGCCGUCGCCAAUGGCGACUUGUCGAAGAAGAUGACUGCCGAAGCGAAGGGGGAAUUCCUCGAGCUCAAGAACACGAUCAACACCAUGGUGGACCAGCUGAAUGCGUUCGCCUCUGAAGUCACGCGCGUCGCCCGCGAGGUCGGCACUGAAGGAAAGCUGGGCGGUCAGGCCCAAGUCGCCGGUAUCGGUGGCACAUGGAAGGAUCUGACCCACAACGUCAACACGAUGGCGGCCAACCUUACUGGUCAGGUGCGCGCUAUCGCUCUCGUCACGACGGCUGUCGCCAACGGCGACUUGUCGAAGAAGAUCACUGCCGAGGCUCAGGGCGAGAUUCUGCUGCUGAAGAACACGAUCAACACCAUGGUGGACCAGCUCAACUCGUUCGCGUCGGAGGUGACCCGAGUCGCGCGCGAAGUCGGCACAGAGGGCAAGCUCGGCGGCCAGGCCAACGUGAAGGACGUCUCGGGCAUCUGGAAGGACCUCACACACAACGUCAACACCAUGGCCGCCAGGUUGACGGGCCAGGUGCGCGCCAUCGCGCAAGUGACGACGGCUGUGGCGAAGGGCGAUCUGUCGAAGAAGAUGACGGCCGAAGCCAAGGGCGAGAUCCUCGAGCUCAAGGUCACAAUCAACACCAUGGUGGACCAGUUGAACUCGUUCGCCUCCGAGGUAACCCGAGUGGCUCGUGAGGUCGGCACAGAGGGUAAACUCGGCGGUCAAGCCCACGUCAAGGGCGUGUCAGGCAUCUGGGAGGACCUCACCAACAACGUCAACACCAUGGCUGCGAAUCUCACGGGCCAGGUGCGCGCCAUCGCACAAGUGACGACAGCGGUGGCGAGCGGCGACUUGUCGAAGAAGAUCUCGGUCGACGUGAAGGGCGAGAUUCUCGAGCUGAAGAACACGAUCAACACCAUGGUGGAUCAGCUCAACACGUUCGCGUCGGAGGUCAUGCGAGUCGCGCUCGAGGUCGGCACAGAGGGCAAGCUCGGCGGCCAGGCCAUGGUGCGAGGAGUCGCCGGCACGUGGAAGGACCUCACAGACAACGUGAACACCAUGGCGGCCAACCUCACGGGCCAGGUGCGCGCCAUCGCCGAGGUGACGACAGCCGUGGCGCGCGGCGAUCUGUCGAAGAAGAUGACCACGGACGUGAAGGGCGAGAUCCUCGAGCUGAAGAACACGAUCAACACCAUGGUGGAUCAGCUCAACUCGUUCGCGUCGGAGGUGACCCGAGUGGCCGGCGAGGUGCGCGCCAUCGCACAAGUGACGACAGCGGUGGCGAGCGGCGACUUGUCGAAGAAGAUCUCGGUCGACGUGAAGGGCGAGAUUCUCGAGCUGAAGAACACGAUCAACACCAUGGUGGAUCAGCUCAACACGUUCGCGUCGGAGGUCAUGCGAGUCGCGCUCGAGGUCGGCACGGAGGGCAAGCUCGGCGGCCAGGCCAUGGUGCGAGGAGUCGCCGGCACGUGGAAGGACCUCACAGACAACGUGAACACCAUGGCGGCCAACCUCACGGGCCAAGUGCGCGCCAUCGCCGAGGUGACGACGGCUGUCGCACGCGGCGAUCUGUCGAAGAAGAUGACCACGGACGUGAAGGGCGAGAUCCUCGAGCUGAAGAACACGAUCAACACCAUGGUGGACCAGUUGAACUCGUUCGCGUCGGAGGUGACCCGAGUGGCCGGCGAGGUCGGCACGGAGGGCAAGCUCGGCGGCCAGGCGCAGGUCAAGGGCGUCUCAGGCAUCUGGAAGGACCUGACGUACAACGUGAACACCAUGGCGGCCAACCUCACGGGUCAAGUGCGCGCCAUUGCGCAAGUGACGACGGCCGUGGCGAAGGGCGAUCUGUCGAAGAAGAUGACCGCUGACGCCAAGGGCGAGAUUCUCGAGUUGAAGAACACGAUCAACACCAUGGUGGAUCAGCUCAACACGUUCGCGUCGGAGGUGACUCGAGUCGCUCGCGAGGUCGGCACAGAGGGCAAGCUCGGCGGUCAGGCUCAAGUGCGCGGCGUGGCGGGCACGUGGAAGGACCUCACGGACAACGUGAACACCAUGGCGGCCAACCUCACGGGCCAGGUGCGAGCGAUCGCCGAGGUGACGACAGCCGUGGCGCGCGGCGAUCUGUCGAAGAAGAUCACGACGGACGUGAAGGGCGAGAUCCUCGAGCUGAAGAACACGAUCAACACCAUGGUGGACCAGCUCAACUCAUUCGCUUCCGAGGUGACCCGAGUGGCGCGCGAGGUCGGCACGGAGGGCAAGCUCGGCGGCCAGGCUCACGUCAAGGGCGUGUCGGGCAUCUGGGAGGACCUCACCAACAACGUCAACACCAUGGCUGCGAAUCUCACGGGUCAAGUGCGUGCCAUCGCGCAAGUGACGACAGCGGUGGCGAGCGGCGAUCUGUCGAAGAAGAUCUCGGUCGACGUGAAGGGCGAGAUCCUCGAGCUGAAGAACACGAUCAACACCAUGGUGGACCAGCUCAACACAUUCGCGUCGGAAGUCAUGCGAGUCGCACUCGAGGUCGGCACAGAGGGCAAGCUCGGCGGCCAGGCCAUGGUGCGAGGAGUCGCCGGCACAUGGAAGGACCUCACAGACAACGUCAACACCAUGGCGGCCAAUCUCACGGGCCAAGUGCGCGCCAUCGCCGAGGUGACGACGGCUGUCGCACGCGGCGAUCUGUCGAAGAAGAUGACGACGGACGUGAAGGGCGAGAUCCUCGAGCUGAAGAACACGAUCAACACCAUGGUGGACCAGCUCAACUCGUUCGCGUCGGAGGUGACCCGAGUGGCCGGCGAGGUCGGCACGGAGGGCAAGCUCGGCGGCCAGGCGCAGGUCAAGGGCGUCUCAGGCAUCUGGAAGGACCUUACGUACAACGUGAACACCAUGGCGGCCAACCUCACGGGUCAAGUGCGAGCCAUCGCGCAAGUGACGACGGCCGUGGCGAAGGGCGAUCUGUCGAAGAAGAUGACGGCCGACGCCAAGGGCGAGAUCCUCGAGCUCAAGUCGACAAUCAACACCAUGGUGGACCAGCUCAACACAUUCGCGUCGGAGGUGACUCGAGUCGCUCGCGAGGUCGGCACAGAGGGCAAGCUCGGCGGUCAGGCUCAAGUGCGCGGCGUCGCCGGCACGUGGAAGGAUCUCACAGACAACUGCGAGCGGUCGCCGAGGUGA